CCCGCCAUUUAUGAAAUAAAUGUAAACACCACACUGAACGACAUGAGUAAAAAUAAAGAUGCUGCAGCAACAAAAGCUGUGGUUGACUAUCUCAACCGUCAAAACAGACCCUACAGUGUAACUGACCUUCUGAACAACAUGGGAAAAGAAUACGGCAAAACUUCUAUCACAAAAACUUGUGAAAGUUUGGCUGCUGAUGGCAAGAUUCGAGAAAAGUCUUAUGGCAAACAGAAAGUAUAUGUGGCAGAUCAGAGUAGCUUCCCUGAUGUCGAUGAUGCAGAGUUGAAGAGUAUGGAUGCGAAGAUAGUUGAGUUAACCGAGUCAGUCCAACACGUCCAGGAUAAAGUCCGCAGGCUGGAGUCAGAACUUAAGACCCUGAACAAUGCUGUGUCAACAGAGGAUGCGAAAAAGGAAACUGAACGGAUUGAAAAUGAUAUGGUGUCACUGCAGGAGAAGUUGGGGAAGUUGAAGGAAGGAAAGGUGUUGAUAACGCCCCAGGAGAAAGACAAGGUUUACAAGGACAGAGUCAAGUAUGUGAAGGAGUGGAGGAAGAGGAAAAGAAUUAGCACAGACAUCAUCAAUGCCAUUCUGGAGGGCUAUCCUAAAACCAAGAAACACCUUCUGUACCACCUGAUACAGUUGUGUGUUUGCCAGGAGGAGAUCGGCCUGGAGACAGAUGAGGACUACAGUGUGAAACCCCCCGACAUCUGAUAUGUGAAAUCAGGUGGCGCCAUGUCACACCAGCUAGUGCUCAGACUGAUGGACAGCCCUACAGAAACAGAUGCAAUGGAAGAGCAUGUUUACUCAUCUUUGUCUCAGGUUGUACUUAGCAACACACCUUCAUUGCAAAGCAGUUGUAAAAUUGUUAAGCAUCUUCUUUUGAAAUACAUACCUUUUUCAAAGUUCUUUGUAUGAGGCUACUACAUUAUAUUUUUGGUUUAAAUGGAGGUCGAAGGGUAUCUGUCCGAAAUAACUGCCGGCCCGCCUGCCUAUGGCUAGUAACCCUUCUGUUGGGCUGUCUGAAAUUUUCCUCUACCUGCCCACCUGUCUUGCAGACAAUUUCAAGACUACUAUGCAUUCAGUUUUAUCAUCUUCUUGUAGAUUUCAAGUAAUUGUUUGCAUUAUUUCAACUAAUAAAUACACGAUUUGUCUCUUAUCUUUCACGAUUUUUCAAUAUCAAUAAUGUCUCAAUGCAGGCAGGUAGCUUGAAGAUGGGCAGGCAACAUUUAUGGGUCACCUGCCCGACUGUCUAUUGGGGUUUUAAGAUUAUUUCAAACACUGAAGGGUAUUAUAUUUUUUAAACAGACUGUUCAAGGCAUCUGUGUAUGCUAACUGUCAAUGGAUAUACAGCUACUACUGCUAUGUCAAUGGAUCAGUGUGUGAUUUUCAUUCUCAGCUCCACAUCAAAUAUUUCAUCAAAAUUUUGUCAAAUAUAUUUCUCCUCAUGAAUAAAAGUUUCCUGAACUAUCAUGUAUAUCAUAUUCAUUUAUGUACUAAUCAUAAAGAUUCUGCUACAUGCCACAAUAUUUGGAUCCCUGACUACAUUGCUGAGGGUUUCCUCUUGUGUUUUUUGCAUAAUAAAAAUGGACCUGUGCAGAUCCGAGGUAGAAUAAAUCUUCAGCAACCCAUGCUUGCCGUAAAAGGCGACUUUUCAUUAAGAGGCGACUAACAGGAUUGGGUGGUCAGGCUCGCUGACUUGGUUGAUGCAUGUCAUCGU